CAUAUCCGUUUCGUCAUACAGCGGCUGCAACGACGAGAGGGUGUUUCUGCGUAUAAUUUUGACAGAUAGAGGGAUUGAACGGACAUUUUCAGCCCUCUGUGUUAUUUAACGUCAUAAUUGGAAAGACUACUCCAUUGUCAACUGUGAACAAUAAGCCAUUACGAAGAAUCCAUUGUGAACAGCAACCUAUAAGGAAGAUUAUUCUUGUCAGUUUCUGGUCCACUCAGGGCCAGGUGUAUACAGUAACAACACUGAAAAGUUUCACAGAACUCUGAUAUGGCCAACCGUGCUGGUGCACAAAGACCCAAUGGGGCCACCCAGGGGAAAAUUUGUCAGUUCAAACUUGUUUUGCUCGGAGAAUCCGCUGUGGGAAAGUCAAGUUUGGUGUUAAGAUUUGUGAAAGGACAAUUUCACGAGUAUCAAGAAAGCACAAUUGGAGCUGCAUUUCUAACACAGACAGUGUGUUUAGAUGACACGACAGUGAAGUUUGAAAUCUGGGACACAGCAGGCCAGGAACGCUAUCACAGUCUGGCCCCAAUGUACUAUAGAGGAGCACAGGCUGCCAUUGUUGUAUAUGAUAUUACAAACCAAGACACAUUUGGAAGAGCAAAGACUUGGGUGAAAGAACUACAAAGACAAGCCAGCCCAAACAUUGUGAUAGCUCUCGCUGGCAACAAGUCUGAUCUCUCUAACAAACGAAUGGUUGAGUACGAGGAAGCCCAAGCAUAUGCAGAAGAAAACAGUUUGUUGUUCAUGGAGACAUCUGCUAAGACAGCCAUGAAUGUGAAUGAUAUAUUUUUGGCAAUUGCCAAGAAGUUACCGAAAAACGAGGGUGGUGGAGCAGCACAGCCGCGACAACAAGGGAUGAAGAUUAACAAUAGCGAAACGAGUCAAGCGUCAGAAGGUGGAUGCUGCAAGUAACGAGCAAUGUGAUUGGACAAUGCAAUGGGACUAGACAUGUGGUCCAGUGGAAUAACGGACUCCCGAUGGGCUUUUUAUUGAAGAAUUAUUUCAAAUCAGAUGAAGCUAAAUGUGACCAAGACAUGAUGUCUGUGUAGCUUGUCUGUACCAUGCUACGUGUUCAGGAUUUUAAAAGGUUGUUGCGUUGUAUUGUUAGGGCAACAGAUUGUCUAGAUUCUACCUUUUACUAAAGAAGCAGGAUUCGUCACACAUUAUGAACUUAAAUUUCCAUUUGACUUGUGGAGGUCUAUAGUUGUCAACCUGAUUAUUCAAAUUAUGAGCAAAAUACCAAAUUUUUGGGUCGACAGUUUCUGUCAAGAUAAACUGAUGUGUUUAUUCUUGCGAGAGAUUUCAAGGAAACCUCGACACAGAUUUUGGUAGUUAAUUUUGAAGGUGUGAGGGAUGAUGUGUCCUUGAUGAAUUUUUCUUGGAAUCAAAGAUUUUUAGAUGCACAUGUGAAGGUUUUCUUUCCUUCUUUAACAAUAUAACAAGCCUGUUUCAUAGUAGAAAAUAGUUUAUUUCAUGUCAGAAUGCUACUUAUGAAGAUAUUUUGCUGGCAAUUCUUUGUUGUUGAUAUUUCUGUCUCCUGAUAUUUUUGGGAUUAAACAACCUAUAAGUUACUGAACAAAGAUCUGGAAACGUUUUCUAUUGUACCAGGGGAACCAAUGACUUUGCUCCUAGCCACUUAUACAACACAAUGUUUUGGGGUAGUUCUUUGUGACAACUUCAGGUAGCUUGUUUAACUUUUCUACUGUAUACAUCUGGAACUAUACAGAAAAACAUCUAUUUUACAUCUCGAGAAAGAGUUGCAUAUUCUUGUUCUAGUGAAGAAAUCACAAGUGUACUAUCUCUGUCUUUGAGGAGUAUGUGACGGGAUUUACCAGUUUAUCAAAGCAUUUUCUUUGAUACAUGUAUAAGUAAACACCUGCAGAUGUAACUUAGAAUUCCAGGUCAUCUUCAUAGGAAUGGAUUGUCAAAAGUGAUAACAGAAAGAUAUUCAACAGAAAUUUUCAAGAUAAAAUUCAAUGGUAUUUGAUAAAAUAAGAUAUCUUCAUAAAAUACAGUUGGUAGGAUGGACAAGAUGUCAAUGAUGAGAUACCAAUCUACAUACCUGAUACGCAAAUGAUAUUGUAAGAGAAUCUUGUCAUUUUAAAUUUCAGUUUUGUUUCGGUAUUAUUUGCAAGCUUCAAGUAGGCAUAGUUUAGAUCAGAGAUUGAAUUCCUCAAUAAAGAAUGGUCUGCUGGAUAUCUGUGUAGACCAGUGAUGGGGCAACAGGUGUCUGUACCGGUAACGAGCAGUUAUAGAUCACAAUGUGUGUGAUAUAGAUGUGACCACACCUAGAACAAAGGCCAUCCAUUUGACCACCACAGUAGAUUGUCUAGAUAGGGGAUACUGUUGUGUUUCAACUUAUUUGUUUCUACAGGAAAUCAUACAGUACAGCUGAUCAUUUAUCUGUUACCAUGCACUGAUUGUAGUGCGUUUGUCAGUUUGUCUAUUAACUAAAAUGUGGCACUGAUCGCAGAGCGAUCAUCUGUAUGUGUGUUAAUUGAAUACAGCAUGUAGCACUGUUAAGUUGCGAUUGUUGGUAUGUGUAUCUAUUACUGCGACUUGUGGCGCUGAUUGAAGUGUCAUCGUCAGUGACCUUAUUGAUAUGUACACCUAGAUCAUGGGUAGACUUUACAAGGAGGGGAAGUGGGGGGAGGAAUAUGUAUGGAUGAUACAAAGAAUUGUUUUCACACUUUGUUUUUCACACAUGCUGUAUUGUUUUUCUCGUUUGUGCUUCUGAUAGUGUCGACAUUUUUUUUUAGAAAGUGAGAACCGUUUACGUGUAUUUGUUCACAAAUUAGUUAUAGAAUGAUGUACUUUUCCUGGGACACUUUUGGCAACAGAAAAUAUUGACUUGUCAAGUCCCGAAAUACUGUGCACCAAUUGUUUUCGGGAGAACAACUGUAUUCAUAAAAGUAGCUGACUAAGUGAUUUAUGGAAGUGAUAAAUGGCCGUGUGUAUUUACAGUGUGCUUGUGUGAAUGGAUUGAUUUGUAAAUUGUGUAUAUUCGGGAAUGUAUAGUAAAUACACAUUUAAUUGGUUUAACUAUAUUGACUGUACCAUAAUAUAUUUAUAACCAUUCAAGUAACUGUAGGCUUAGCUCAUUUUUUAUGGAGUCACCUCCCCUCAAUAGCUGUUUGUCAAUGGUAUAAAACUCACCAGUCCAGACCGAGAUCAGUGUAUUCCAUUGUUCUCCAGUUUUCUCUGUCAGUUUAGGUCCACUGCAUUACAGAAUUUUAAAUGCAUGUCUAGUUAUCUCUUCAAGAUUUUUCCCCUGUGAAACAGUCUGUAUUGUAACUUUAAAGAAUUAAGAUUUCGUGGUAAAAAAUAAAUUCCAGGUGUACCUGGUAAAGGAAGAUAUUAAACUUGAAUUAUUUUGUAUUUAUUCAGGAUUUGCAUUUUUUGAUUGCUUUUGAUUACGCCUGAAGUUUUCUGAUGAAAAGGAAUCUGCUAUGGUACAUUUACUGUGCAUUUUUUGAGAACAAGCAAUGUUUUUAUGACUCCAUGUAAAUCUUGGAGAGACAACUGCUAUGCUUCUUUGAUAGACUUGUUGGUACCUGUAACUUCCAUUGUUCAUGAGUUCACCAUUAGGCCAGAAAGAUUGUAAUUAUUCACAUAUCAUCUCACCUCAAUGGUUUUCUCUUUGAGAAGAUCAAAUGUCAAAUUAUUACCAGAUAUGGGUUAUUUCUGAAACACGGAACAUGAAUGAGCUUGUGUGAACAGUGGAAUCUUUUUUCAACCAGACAUACACAAUACAGUGCUAAUAUUUGAAUAUUUACACAAUACAGUGCUAAUAUUUGAAUAUUGGCAGUAAUUUUACCUGAAUUGAACCAAAGGGCUUAGUGCAUAGAAAUAAUUUAUCGGGAGUUGCAUUUUGAAGAGUUUUAUCCUGUGAUUGUUUGUUACCUUUCUGUUAACAGGUAAUAAAUUCAUAUUAUUGUAUGUUAACUCUUGUCUUGAUGAGGAGAUAGACUCGAUAAUAGAUAACAGGUUUAUUGCUGGUAAAAUACAGGAGUUUGUUGCUAUGAACAUUGGUUGUUCUGCAAGUCUGGAUGAGGCAAGAUUCCACUGUAUACAAACAAAUAUCGUUGAUAAAUAGUGAUUUUCAAUAAAACAAGGGAGAUACUCUUCUUGACAUAUGUACAUACACGAGAACUACGUGAACAUUUAUCUGAUUAUGGCUUCUAUAUAUAGUGUAAACAUUAACUCGUCAUGGAUAUUUGUAAAAAUACAAGUAGAAUUUGUAAAGAGUUAAUAUAAAGAUACAUUGAUGAAACACUUAAAGUCAUUCGUUGUUGUUAAUUAUUUGUGAAACUUUUUUUUUUUACAAAACCAUGCUGAUAUGUCACACUUUUUUCUCCCAAUGUUUGUGAUAAUGCUGUGUAUGACAUUUAUGUUCCAUAGAGAAAUUAUUAUGAUACAAAUAAUACUGAAAUAAAAAAAUCUGAUAAUGAAAACAA